UAUUCAUUCACAAAUCCUGGCACAAGGUAAUGAUUAGCAUAUACCCCCAUGCCAGUCCCCAUUUAGCUUCCUCCUCCUCAGCACAUCGUAUUCUCACCAAAACCAAAAAUAGCGGAUAAGGAUCCAUUACUCACCGAUUCCCUUCAGCAGAGGGAGACACGACCGGAGAAAAGACAACUCCUUUUCUACUCCUUGGAGUAUUCUGGCUAGCACACAGUGUCUGCCCACACACAGCUGAACCUGCUUUGGAAGGGAAACGCUCUCCAGCUUCACUCGUCUUGGUUAUACGCGCUUACACUGAUGGCGAACACAUCCUGGCUGAUUGUGAUGCUGCUCUCAAUAACCUGCAGGGAGAGCAUGCACUGCAAUGGUUUUACAGUGGAUCCUCCUGUGGACGUUGUGAUAUCAGACGUUGGGCAACUCGGACGUCUCCAGAUUUCAUGGAGCCCCCCAGCCAGUCAGGUCAAUGUGACAGAGUGCUCACAACUGUAUCAGCUGGAGUACUUCGACACAUACAUUGACAGCUGGAGUGCUAUCAGGACGGCAAAGAUGAAUUACACUGCCCAGUUUGAUCUGAUGAAAGAUGUUAGAGUGAGAGUGUACACUUUACUAAGAGGCCCCUGCACCAACGGCAUUUUGAUCAAGAGCUCGAGCUACACUGAACUGGUCCAGAAUCCUCCCAGCACAGGCGUUGGUACCCCUGUGCAGGAUUUUGUCUGUGUUUACCAUAACAUGAAGUACGUGGAGUGCAAUUGGGGAAGAAGCCCAAAGCUGUCGGCCAACUCACAGCAACAUCUUUAUUUCUGGCACAGGGAGCUGGACCAGACAGAGGAAUGCCCCAAGUAUCUCAAAGCAAGUGGAACCAGGUUCGGCUGCAACUUCACAGAGAACUCCCUCCCUGAAUUCACUGAUAUCAACUUCUGUGUGAAUGGAUCCUCCCCAGAAGGACCCCUGAAACCAGCAUUCAUCUCCCUUCAAAUCCAAAAUCAAGUAAAGCCUGGAACAACAGAGAAGCUUCAUCUGCGAAAAGUUCCCGAGGCGCAGCUGGAGCUACGCUGGGACAAUCCAGCUGGCAAGGUCCCUGCACACUGCUUAGAAUGGGAGGUGGAACACAACCAAGAGGGACCUGAUGGGAAAAUUGCUCUGCAACAGAUUUUGACCGAUCAAAAGAGUCUAACUCUGCCCUCCAUCCACGACACUCAGAUAAACUGCUUCAGGGUUCGGUCCAAGUUGAGCAAGUAUUGUGCAAACAAGGGCUUCUGGAGUGGGUGGAGUCCUGCAACAUGCCAACCAGAAAAAAGGGAGAAAGCACCUAAACCAGAACAAAGCCGGGACAUAGUACAUGUCUAUGUAUUCAUCGCUUUUGCCAUCAUUGCCAUUCUGGUGCUGUCGCUGUGUGUGGGGGCAGUGCUGAAAAUGAGGAGCUUGAGAGAUGUGAAGAAGCCGGAUGCUCUGCUCGCCAACGUGUUUGCCAGAAAUUCAGUUCUUACAGUGAUGGAUGCCUGAAACCUGCGCCACCUUCCUCAAGCAGCACCUGUUACAUAUAUAUACAUAUAUAUAUAUAUAUAUAUAUAUAUAUAUAUAUAUAUAUAUAUAUAUAUAACUAAACACAAAAAGCCCUCAAAGUUGCCACAAAGUCAUCCCCUGAGGAAAUAUUACUGAAGAUCUCUGGGUUCAGUUACACACAGUAUUAUAUUAUUACAGCUUAUUGCAACGUGCUUGAUUUUUUUAUUAACAUUUUUAUACAAAUGGCUGAAUUUACAUCAUCAUUUUAACUGGAAAUGCUAUGUAUUGGUGGUUGGUGUCGCUCUUAAUGAUUGUUUUUGAAGUUUCUUGUUAACUUUUUCUUGCAACCAAUCCACAUGUUGUGUUCGGGAGCAAGUGUUUGUUCUUUGGGAAUUUUUUUAUGAAGUUUUAUUAUUCGCCAGAUCUCUUGCCACAGCUGAUUAAGUCAGCAGGAUUUCCACUUUUUAUACUCAUGUUUUUUUUAAUUGCUGACUUUUUGCCUGAUCUCUUGCCAGUUCAGACAACAUGCAUUUGUUCAUGUUCGAUCUAAUUUUAAAAGAAUCAUUUUGAAAGUAUUUGUUUGGUUUUGAUGCGUGUUUGGUUUUAUUGCUUUAAACAGCUUAAAAGAGAAUACAUGAGUUUCAGAUGUUUGUAAUGCCAUGACUCCUUGCCAUUUUCCUUCUGAAGUGUUUGAAUUGUAAAUCUACCUGACUGCCAAAAUGUAACUGUUGCCAAAAUCUGUCGAUUACCUUUGGUGCUGUGUUUUUUGAUUCUAUUAAAUAGUAGAAUUGGUCAAA